AAUAUGAAGCUCCUUGUUGCGUUCGCUCUGGUGGGUCUUGUUGCUGGUGGUGUCAUAGAUGCUCCCGCCGAAUCGGUGUUGGAGCUUGACUACCACAACAAGGUCGGAAUCCCACUGGCGGCGCGCAUGAAGGCGGCGGAAGAGGCCUUGGACUUCGAUGGAUCCAGGAUUGUGGGUGGGGCCGCUGCCUCUCUUGGACAGUACCCCUUUAUCGGCGGUCUGCUGAUCACUUUGUCCACCGGCGGCACUUCGGUCUGCGGCUCGUCUCUCCUCACCAACACCCGCGGAGUCACCGCCGCCCACUGCUGGCGCACUCUCUUCAACCAAGCCCAAUCCUUCACCGUCGUCUACGGCUCCACCCUGCUCUUCUCCGGCGGUACCAGGGUCACCACCACCGAUGUUGAGCUGCACUCCAACUACAACAUGAUCACGCUUGUUAAUGAUAUCGCUAUUAUCACGAUUCCAUGGGUCACCUUCAGCAACACCAUCCAGCCCAUCGCUCUCGCCACCGACAGCUCCGACCUCACCGGCACCUUGGCCUGGGCUUCCGGCUGGGGUCUGACUAGCGAUGGUGGCUCCAUCUCCACCGGCCAGUUCCUGUCGCACGUGAGCGUGCAGGUCAUCGCAAACAAUGUGUGCGCGGCCACGUACGGCACUACCACCGUGCAGGCCUCCACCAUCUGCAUCGCCACCACUGGCGGCAGCGGUACCUGCAGCGGGGACUCCGGCGGCCCUCUGACUAACGCCGCUAACAACCAGCUGAUCGGCGUGACUUCCUUCGGCCAUCGCGACGGUUGCCAGGUCGGCCACCCCGCCGGCUUCGCCCGCAUCUCCGAGUUCGCCUCCUGGAUCCAGGCUCGUCUAUAAACUAUCCAUGAGCUACGAUACCGCUUACCAACAGGCGGCGUACGUCCACCAGUGAUAUUAAAAGUUCAUGUCAACUGUAAUUGCGGGUGGAUUUGCGAAUAUAUUUUUUCUAAAUA